CAGCUAGGAAGAUUCCUCUUUGUUCCUACAGAAUAUUACUGGAUUUAUGGUAGGCAGAGAGGCCGAAGCAGGUGGUAUAGCUAAGAAUGGAGCUAAAAUGGUGACCGCAGUGAGCUGUUUCAAGGGACCGAAGGUUACUGUCAUUGUAGGAGGCAGUUUUGGUGCUGGAAACUACGGCAUGUGUGGACGCGCAUACUCCCCCAGCUUCCUAUACAUGUGGCCCAAUGCUAGAAUAUCUGUAAUGGGUGGGCCUCAAGCUGCGACUGUUCUAUCCUUAGUAGCAAAAGAAAAAGCGAUAAGAGAAGGUAAGACGUGGACUGAUGAAGAUGAAAAGAAAGUAAGAGGACCAUUAGAAGCACAGUUCGAGAAGGAAGGUCGUCCGUAUUACAGUACUGCUAGAUUGUGGGAUGACGGAAUCGUCGCUCCAGUCGAUACAAGGAAAGUGAUUGGACUGAGCUUAUCAGCAGCAUUGAAUGCUCCAUUCAGAGAUAGCAAGUUCGGUGUCUUCAGAAUGUGAGUCAAACGUUUACAUCACAGUGGUUUCUCGGUGUUAUUUACUUCGUUAUGAAUGAAACGGGUGACCUUUUGGAACAUGGAGGCAAAUAACUUGGUUAUGAAACAUAGUCGGUUCAGAAUGGAACGUUAGUUUUUGUAUUUUUAUAACGUAAUGUAAAGGAUACAGGUAAUUUUUGUAUUUUUUUUUACUUCUUUGCAGAUAAGUUAUUAUUGUCAUAUUUUAAAUAAAUGUACUUAACAGUAAUAGAGAUUACCUAUAUCCUCUAUUACUAGCCGAUUUUUGUAUAUUAAAUUGCAAUUAUAAAAAUCUAAACAUAUAGUUAUAAAAUAUUAAGCCGAUGGUUUUAAAUGAUACUGAAAUUAAGUCUAUAUCUUAUCUGGGAGAGAUAUUUUGUAUUAAACCCCAAUUAACGUAAAGGUAUACUGUACUGAUUAUUAUUUCCGCAGCCAUGAUAAUUCUUUUUAUCUAUACACUGUGUAUGAUAAUAGUAACUGAGUAUGUAAAAUUGAAUAUUUCGUACACAUUUCAAAUUAAAAUCGAAUACGUCGUCUGCUGUUUAAUGUAAUUAUUUAAAUUUUUGUUACGCAACAAAAACGUGUUCUGUGAUAACAAAAUGUCAGCAAGUUAUUUUUGUAUUUUAUUAGAGUGAUUAAAUCAUUUUUCCUUUAUAAAUGGUAUCUAUGCAAUUGUCUUCUUCGUUAUUUUGGGGAUGUGUAUUUUCUUAAAUUGAUAAUUGUACAUGUCUCCACUUUAUAAUUUCAGCUUCGUGGAAUCCUAUGUUGAAUAGAAUUGAGUUAAGAUUUUUUUUGCUCUUAUUUCGAAAUAUUAAUCAUUUUUUUCUUCCCGUUUGCAGUAAUACCAAAUGUUUCAUAAUGCUGUGUGCCUAUUAUGUACUAUUAUAAAGCGCAAAUGAUGUAUUUACUAUUUGAAGAAUAUUAAUUAUACACUUUAUAUAAA